AUGCACGAAGAACAGUCAGGUAGCCCAGAUGAAGAUUUCAAUCCAUUUCACCAACCCGAGGGUGAAUAUUCAAGUGGAGAAACAUCUCGUUCCCGACGAACGCGCCAUCCUCGAAACCAAGAAAAAGAGUUUGGAAUCAAAGUUGAAAUUCCAGAUUUUGAAGGAGGUGUUCAUCCUGAUGAGUUUAUCGAAUGGCUCCAUACAGUUGAACGUGUCUUUGAUUUUAAAGACAUUCCGGACGAACGCAAGGUUGAAGGCCAGCAAGCAAAGGAGAGAACUGGAUUUAAGUUUGUCUCUAAGGAGGCUUCUUACCGUGGAAAUACUCCAACAAAGUUUCCAUCGAAGGCCAACUCUAGCACAUCGACGAAGAAGGUUGAGAAUUCAGUCACAACGAGCAAACCACAAAGGCAAGGUAACAACAAUCCUACCUCCAGAAGAUGUGUUAAGUGUCAAGGAUUUGGUCACAUUGCUUCUAAAUGUCCAAAUUCUAGAAUAAUUUCUCUUGUCGAAGAGGAAUUGUUAGAAGAGGAACAGGUUGAAGAUAUUGAGGAUGAAAACAAUGAAGAGGUUUUGCACGCUGACGAAGGCAAAUCGUUAGUUAUUCGUCGUAUCCUCAAUGCCGCCCCAGUAAAAGAAGAUGAGUGGUUACGCAACAACAUCUUCCAGACUCAAUGUACAUCUCAUGGUAAAAUAUGUGAUGUCAUUAUCGAUAGUGGUAGUUGUGAGAACGUGAUUGCCGCCACCAUGGUCGAGAAAUUGAAACUGCCUACAAAGGAUCACCCUUAUCCAUACAAGCUCACGUGGUUGAAGAAGGGGAAUGAUGUAAAGGUCUCUAAAAGAUGCCUUGUUGAUUUCUCCAUCGGGAAGAAGUAUCAGGAUAAGGUAUGGUGUGAUGUCAUCCCUAUGGAUGCUUGUCACCUACUUUUGGGUCGUCCAUGGCAGUAUGAUCGUCGUGCAAUUCAUGAUGGCUUUCAUAAUACUUAUUCCUUUGAAAAGGAUGGUGUCAAAAUUGUUUUAGCACCUCUAAAAAGGGAUUUGUUAGCAAAGCCAAGCCAAGAGAAGAGCUCUGUUGUGUCAGAAUCAAUGUUUACAAUGGCCUUGAAAGAAUCCAACAUUGCUUGUGUUCUAGUCAUGCUCGAGGAAAAUCAAGAAGAUCAAGGAAUACCGGACGAGAUCCAACCUCUACUUCGCAAAUUUAGUGACAUUAUGCCGGAAGAAAUUCCUGAAGGUUUACCUCCAAUGCGUGAUAUUCAACAUUGCAUCGACUUUGUUCCUGGAGCAGUCAUCCCCAAUAAGGCUGCCUAUCGGAUGAGUCCAAAAGAGCAUGAAGAGCUUCAACGACAAGUCAUCGAUCUCAUGCAAAAAGGAUUGGUACGUGAAAGUGUGAGUCCAUGCUCAGUUCCAGCACUUCUUGUCCCAAAGAAAGACGGAUCGUGGCGCAUGUGCAUUGAUAGUCGUGCCGUUAAACGGAUCACUGUGAAAUAUCGCUUUCCCAUUCCGCGCCUUGAUGAUCUACUUGAUCAAUUGCACGAUGUUGUUGUGUUCUCAAAGAUUUAUCUACGAAGCGGAUAUCAUCAAAUCCGAAUGCGACCUGGAGAUGAAUGGAAGACUGUUUUCAAAACCAGGGAUGGAUUGUAUGAGUGGAUGGUCAUGUCGUUCGGUCUUUCCAAUGCUCCUAGCACCUUUAUGCGACUGAUGAAUCUGGUAUUCCGCCCUUUCAUUGGCAAGUUUGUAGUUGUUUACUUUGAUGAUAUUCUUAUGUAUAGUUGA